UUUGGGAGGCAAUGCGACAAUACCGUCGGUUAAAUUCAAACACCAGGGAACAGCUCAAUAAUGAUGAUGCGAACGGUGAAGAUGGUCCUGAUUUCCGAAUCAGCUUCGAGAGUACGCAUUCAUACGCGCUACAAAAUUCGCGCGGGUAUCCAUCUACGAAUGACUUUUCCGCUAGUCAAGACGCAUUGCUAGAACAAGUUCUCAAGUUGACCAAAAUUUCUCAGCAGAACCAGGACACCCUGGAAAAAAUUCUGCGAACAUUGGAACAAAACGACAUUAAACUCAGUGAUACCCCUGAUAAAACCUCGACUCCUGAUGAAAGCGACAUUCCUGAUGAAAUAAUGACACCUGAGAAAAGUUUCAUUCCUCAAAUUUCUUGA